AUGGACUCGCUGCUCAAGUCCGCGCUGAAGCAUGCCGAGAAGGGCAAGGAGUGGCUCAUGGAGGACGUGCCCAUGCCCAUGGAGGACGAGAUACUGAGGCUCGCCGAGGACGUCAAGGACCGCGUCGCCGACACGACGACGGCCGUCCGAGAGCGCGUCUCGGACACGGCGGCGGCGGCGGCGGUGGUGGGCGAGACCGUCAAGGUGGAGGCACAUGACCUCAGGGCAAGGGUCGCCAGGGCCGAGGGUGGCGCCGAGGCCGCGAGGCAGGAGCUCGCCCGGCUGCGCGAGGAGCACGCGGGCGAGGUGGCCCGGCUGACGGAGCGCCGGGACUUGGCGCUCGAGUACGAGCUCCGGGCCACCAUCGAGCUGAAGGCGCUGAAGCGGGAGCUGGCGGCGCUCCGCGGAGAUGGAGACGAGGCGGCGCCGCAGAGCUCCCAGCACCGUGGCGAGAGGCGGCCCUGGUCCGACGAGGAGGCCCCCUCCAAGGAGGACCUGGAGGAGGACCUGGAGGAGGGCGGGGCCGAGCAGGACCAGGCGGCCGCCGACGUCUCGGCGAGCGCCGGCGCCGACCCGCCGGGCACUCCCGCCGAGGGCCAGCCGCCGGCCGCGCGCGGGGACUCUGAGGCGGUGGCCCUGCGGGAGAGGGUCGAGGCCCUGGAGAAGCGCUGCGUCGCGCUGCAGCGGAAGCUGAACGCGAGGCCAGUGAUGUACCACCGCUGCCGACGGGCCCCGUCGGCGGGGACGCGGCGCGGAAGUUGGAGCCGCUGCUGCUGGCGGUGCUGGGCCCGCAGCGCAGCGAGCUUGCGGUGA